AUGUCCGCCUAUGAAGCAAUCCAAUACCUCAGUAACACGGUCGGGGAAGCCCUCUACCUCUUCGGCAACCUACAAUCCUCCUUCAUAAGCGAGACCGCACAUUUAAUCUACCUCGACGACAAGCUGAUGGACUACAUCUGGCACGACAAGCUAAAGUUCAUUGAACGCAAUUGCAGCGGGCACGGGGAUAGAACGGCACCGCGGAGUUUGGUGAAGAGGAUUUGUGGGGGCCUGAAUGACGCGAUUGAGGCGACGGUGUAUGAGACGCACCAGUCGAAAGGGGAUGGGACGACCCUGGCAGAGAAGCUGACGAGGAUGGCGAGGGAUGUGGAUAAUAGUCGUGACAUGGCAUUUCGAGAACGGAAGCAGAUGGAUGCGUUGGUGACGGAUUUGGAGAUGUUGCAUGUGUUGUUGAAGAGGCAUGUUGGCGGUGGUGGUAGGAGAGGUAGUAAGGAGGAGAUCGUAGAAGGUAGGAUGAUCAUGAACGGCGGUGGUAGCGAUAGCGGUGAUGGAGCGCAAAGCUCGAGUACGGGUGAGCGAAUGAGGAUUAUGCCGAGCCGCACCUCCUCAUACGAAAGACCAAGAGUUGAAGACGAGCAUGACCAUGGGAACGAUGGACACGAGAGUGAUAGCGGUGGUACGACGGUUGAUGGCGGGUUUCAAGAUGCCGAGGGAGCUCCGAUUGCAGCAAACCCUCCCAACUCUCCCAAAAUCAUCCAGAUCCCAACACCGAGUGAGAAGUUGAAAGCGGAAGACGCUGCGAGUGACUGGGGUGGGCCAGGUUUGUCUUUUGCUCGUGUGCAAAAGGUAGUCGCUGAUGUGGUUGCAGCGACAUUGGAGAAGCCCAAUAGGGAGUGGUAA